AUGGGAGAUAGUAUCGAGAGGAAGAUGGGCGACGUGGAGUUGAGAGGGAGGAGAGAGAAUACGGUGGGCGUGUUGGAUGCUGUGCUAGCGAAUAUGAUCCGCCCGCGUCUCCCAGCUCUCUCCCGUCUCCCACGCACAUGGACCCUUCUCUACUCCCUCGACCAGCACGGUAUAUCUCUCAACACACUCUACUCCCGAUCCGAACAACCCAAACCCGCAGGUGCACUCGUCGUCAUGAAAGACGACGGCGACACCAUCUUUGGCGCGUUCGUAGGGGAUGGAAUUCGACAGAGCAGAGGGAGAGGGUAUUACGGCAGUGGUGAAUCAUUCCUAUGGCGGUACUCCAACUGCAAACUCUCGGUCUACAAACCCACCGGCCGCAACUCCUACAUCGCCCUUUGCGAACCCGAUUAUCUCAGUUUCGGCGGCGGGGACGACGGGGCGUACGGGCUCUAUAUUGAUAAAAGCUUGUUGGAGGGCUCCUCGGCGCGGUGUGUGACGUUUGGGAAUGAGGUGCUUUGUUCGCCUGGGAGGGCGAGGGCAGGCGGGGCGGUGGGGUUCGAGUGUGUGGGGUUGGAGGUUUGGAGGGUGGGGUAGGGUGGAUGGGACCCGUUUUUCGAGGCGAGUUUGUUGUAGUACCGAAUUCGUAGAGAGUCGCGAUUUCACUCCGUUACAUCUGCUUUUGUAACCCUCCAAUCAAAAGAACUUCGUCCUCGCCGGACGUCUCUUGCUACACGUUGAACUCGUAUUACCUCUCCUGUAGGAUUAUCCUGAACACGAACACUCA